GAAAUAGCUCGUGCCUUCCCCCCGAGAGCUGGGGGGGCGCGGCGGCCGCUAGGCGGCAUCUCAGCUUCCGCCAAUCAGGCUGACGGCCGGAAGUGUCGUGACCGGCGCGUUUCCUGGAAACGAGUCCGGGCCCGGCGGACGCCACUGAGGGGCAGACGGGAGCGAGCGAUGGAGGCGACGCCGGGGCCCGGGGAGGCAGGAGGUUCCAGCUGCCGGCUGGAGUUCGCCGUGCAGAUGAACUGCCAGGAAUGUGUGGAUGCUGUGCAGGCCUCUCUGCAAGGAGCAACAGGGCUCCGGGUGCUGGACAUUCGUCUGGACUCUCAGAGUGUGCUGGUGGAGACCAGUAUGAGUGCUGGGAAGGUGAAGGGCCUGUUGGAGAGCACAGGCCGCCGGGCUGUGCUGAAGGGCAUGGGGAGCAGUGAGCCACAGAACCUCGGUGCAGCUGUGGCCAUGAUGUCCGGCCCCAGCCUUAUCCAAGGGGUGGUGAGAUUCCUGCAGGUCUCCCCAGAGAAGUGUCUCAUUGAAGGGACCAUUGAUGGUCUGGAGCCAGGGUUGCAUGGGCUGCACGUCCAUGAAUUUGGGGAUGUCACAAACUCCUGUGACAGUUGUGGAGACCAUUUCAACCCAGACGGGGAGCGUCACGGGGGCCCACAGGAUGCACACAGGCAUCUCGGAGACCUUGGCAACGUGCUGGCUGGCAGCGAUGGAAGAGCAGACUUCCGGAUGGAGGACACCCGGCUAAAGGUCUGGGACAUCAUCGGCCGCUCUCUGGUGGUGGAUUCUGGUGAGGACGACCUUGGCCGUGGGGGUCACCCACUCUCUAAAGUCUGUGGGAACUCUGGUGAGAGGCUGGCCUGUGGGAUCAUUGCCCGAUCUGCUGGGCUGUUCGAGAACCCCAAGCAAAUCUGCACCUGCGAUGGUGUGACGCUGUGGGAGGAGCGGGAGAAGCCAGUGGCAGGGCCAGGCAGGAGGAUGCUUGGCCAGCCUGCCCCUCACCUGUAGGAUUAUGACUUUCCUUUCUCCACAUUGUGCCCACUGAUUGUUGCUCUAUGCCGGGGCUCAGUGUGUUUCUAACAUCAAAGGGGUGGCACUUUGAGCCUGCGGUUUGGGAGAACUGCCAUGAGCUUUAGGUGGGGACUAGACUUCUCCACAGCAUCCCUGUCUCAUACCGCAGUCUCGUUCUUCUAUUGCCAACCUCUGAGCAGUUUCGUGUCCUGAUCCUUCCCCAGCUGGGUGCUGCUAAACUCGCUACAGACAAUGUCUCAUUUUAUAGGGGAGCUGUAAAUAGGCUCUGCCGUUUUUUGCUGCUUUGGGAUUUGUAAAGGCAGUGAAAAAAGCAUCUUAAUUUCCCCCCCCCGCCCUGCUUAUUUGUUCCUUUUUAAACAGCAGGGAUAUCAAGGGUAGUUUUGCUGGGGGAACUAAAAAGGGGGAGGCGCAGGGAGCUUGGCAGCUCUCUUGUGAUUGCUUUUGCACUAAGUAGAUGGGUUGGGGGGUUGAAUCUUUAAUAAUAAAAUAUUAACUAGUUCAUAUCUAGUACUCUGAACCAGCAUAUCACCAAGCAUUUUACAAAGGGGUUUAGUAUCAUCUGCAUUUUACAUAUGACGAAACUGAGGCACGGGGGGUGGGGGGGCAGUGAUUUGGCCAAGGUCACCUAGCAGGCCCAUGGCAGAGCUGGGUUUAGAACCCAGGUUCCCGAACCAGUGCUCUUCUGCUAAGCCACAUAAACAGAUAGGACAUUGUCCACAGAGAUCAUUAGUCGCUGGAGUUACUUAAGUAUCUACAGGAAACCUGCAAAGGUUUCUUUGAGCUCAGGAUCAAAGUUCCUUGCUGCUCUACUUUCCCCAGACUGGUUUGGGAAAUCUGUCUGGCAGUAGCCAAGGCUGCAAGUGCUGUGGAUUGCAUGCAUUGCAGAAGAGCAAGUGCUGAGCUACCUAUGUCUGACAAAUGUUUCUAGAUAACUCCAGCCUGAGCAUAGGCAGCCAGAGAGGAGGGCCUGGGUUAGGCUGCAGCCUGUUUUCCAUUUAAAAUCAACUGUGGAGGCUGAGAUGACUUUGAAUAUCUUUCCUGUGCACUGAAUCCGUCAUUAAAUAUUUUCCUACUCUCA